CGUAAACCAAUCCUACCUACUCCGUAAUCUGCUUUGCCUCGUUUCUUCAUUGGACGGAAAAGUUCGUCACUGGUGACGAAACUUAUAAAUCGUAUGAUUCCGCCGAGAAAUAGUCAAAAUUCUCGCUCCUGAUUCACACUUUAGAAGCUUCUGGAUCAAUCCAAAACACCUGUUCUUGACGCGAUCCAGAAGUUCAUAGUACGUUUAAAGCUACACGGAAACCUCACUUUUUCCUAACCCAUAAAAUGGGCUCUGGAAAUGGAAAUUGACAUUUAUUCAAGAUUAUGUCAAAAAUGAAAAAUUGCGAGAAACCCCAUGUAGUGGCAGUGCCCUUUCCGGCACUGGGUCACACCAUUCCCUUUCUGGAUAUGGCAACGCUUCUGGCCUCCAAUGGCCUCACAGUCAGCUAUGUCACCACGCAGGCCAAUGCACACCGCGUAGAACAGCCCGUUUCAGAAGCCAUCUCGAAUGGUCUCGACAUUCGCCUCGUUGUGCUUCCCACGCCAGCCGUAAAGGGCUUACCAGUGGGCCUCGAGAGUUCAGAUCAAAUGCCAAUGGAGGCCUCGGACCUUAUUCGCGAACUUGCAGAAAAGCUUCAACAGCCCUUCAAUCGUUGGAUCGAGGGUCAAUUGGAACAAGAAACGAGUCCUCCGGUUUGUAUUAUCCACGAUCUGUUCAUUUUCUGGGCUCUGCAGUCCGCCCAAAAGUAUAAAUUGGCCACUGUUUUGUUCAACGCCUGCGGUGCCCUAGCCACGGUGAAUUUCGUUUUAGGUCGCUUUAAAUCUGUCGGCCAUGGCCUAGGAAUGCUGAUCAAUACUUUCCAUGAGCUGGAACCUGGGUAUAUGCAGCACUUGAAAAACGUAACAAAUAAGCCGGUUUGGGGAAUUGGCCCUGUUUUUCCUCCCAGGGGAUCGGCUAAGGUCGGCAUGCGAGGGAAAAUGGCGGACAUCGGCGAGAACGAGCUGGUUCGAUGGCUGGAUUCGCAAAGCCCCCGUUCUGUUGUGUAUGUUUCUUUCGGAAGCCAAACUUAUUUAUCUCCUCAGCAAACCAACGCCUUGGCUAGAGGCCUGGAAGCUAGCCAGCAGCCAUUUGUCUGGGCUAUCAAAGUGGCCCCGGCAUUCGAACCCGCGACCUCGGACUUCGCAGCUCGCGAUCGCGCAUAUUUCCCGGAGGAUUUUCAGGAGCGAACUAAGAACAGAGGGGUGAUCGUAUGGGGCUGGGCGCCUCAGCUUCUCAUUCUUUCUCACCCGUCUGUGGGUGCCUUUGCCAGCCACUGUGGAUGGAAUUCGACGCUUGAAAGCGUGAACUUGGGAAUUCCUUUAAUCGCCUGGCCCAUGUAUGGAGACCAACCCUUCAAUUCGAAGCUGAUUGAAGACUUGGGUGCGGCGAUUCCCUUCUGCCAGAAUAGAUAUGCUAUUCCUGAUGCAGAGAGAGUUAAGGAGGUUGUCAGAACGGUGUUAAUUGAAGACAAGGGUAAGGAAAUGAGAAAGAGUGCAGAGAAAAUGAAGGAGGCGGCAAGAAAAGCUGUGGAAGAAGUGGGAUCUUCCAGAGCAGACUUGCAAGCUUUUGUUAAUGCUGUACACGAACUCCAUUCCAGACUGGGGAAGAACAAGAGAGAGAAACACAAGUGUUGCUGAGGAUUCUUAUGCUAAGAUUUCGCAGUCAACCAAUGGAAAUAGAAAUGGAUAUUUUUGGGCCUACAUAUGAUUUAUAGUACAUGGAAUUAUCUUAUAUUCUAUCUUUUCUAAGAAUUUGAUAUUCUGAUCUGACUUUUUUUUAUUGAA